UGGCGGAAGGAGAGCAGCGUUGAGUUGUCUCUGAGUUUUUAUUCUAACUGUAGAAACCUCUACUACAUCGUUUCUCUCCUAAUCAUCUCCCGAGACGAUGGGGAAUGAAGGCAGCAUCGAGGGAGAGGGCCAGCCGGGACAGCCCGGCUCCACUGUUCCUUCUGCGGGUGCUCCGACUUCCAUUUCAGCACCAGCGGGCUCUGGACAGCUCAUCAAGCCCAGCAAUGGUGCGCCAACGGGAGGUACAGGGGCCGGACCCGGCCCGGGGAUUAACAGCAUCUCUGGAAGACCCCCCCAGCCAGACCCUGGGUCCAGCCCCAAGGCAGGGGACCGCCUGGCCUCCCAGGGGGAGCAGCAGGGCCAGGGCCACGUCGCCCGUAAGAACCUCCAGGUGGACGUGGGUAGUAGCAGGAUGGGACGAUCCCCAUCGGUGUCCCCCGCCGUCACCCCCACUUCACCCUACUCCCUGCCCCAGAUCGCCCCCAUGCCCAGCAGCAAGCUGUGCCCCGUCUGUAAGACAGCUGACCUGACGGGCACCACGGAGGACAACCAGCCAAACUGCAGCACCUGCACCCAGUGCCGAUCCAUGGUGUGCAACCAGUGUGGCUUCAACCCCAACCCGCACCUCACCGAGGUCCAGGAGUGGCUGUGUCUGAACUGCCAGAUGCAGAGAGCUUUGGGAAUGGACAUGGAGACACCUCGCUCCAAGAGCCAGCAGCAGAUCCACUCUCCGUCCCACCAAGCCGAACCAGAGCCCAUCUCUGAACCUCAAACUCAGCCCCCACCCCAGCCCCAGGCCCAACCUCAACCUCAGCCCCAGUCCCAAGCCCCACCUCAGGCACAGCCUCUAACCCAGCAUCAGGGUCCGACACAAGCCCAGCCCCCACCAGGCCCUAACAGACAGACUGGUGCAGGCCCAGGCCAGAUCCCUCAGCAGCAGAGAGGUCCAGGGGGUCCAGUUCCAGCGCAGGGCCAGGGUCAGGGUGGGGCUCGUCUCCCCCCAGGAGCUGUCCCUCUCCCAGGCAUGGCCAAAGCCCCGUCCCAGCCUGACCUCCGUGGCUCCCCUGCCCACCAGCCCCUGCCCCUUCGCCAGGACCACACCCGCAGCGCAGGGAGCUCCCCAUCCCGCCAGCCCCCGCCCCCGGCCGCCGCCCCCGAGCAGACCUUUGGAAAGCUGUUUGGAGGCUUUGGUGGCUUCGGUGCGUCCCUCCUCAACCAGGCCAGCACCCUCAUAUCAGUGGACCCAGUACCCACCCCGCCCCAGCAGCAGCAACAGCCCCCCAAACCUGCCCCUAAACCAGCCGGACCCCAGGCACCUGCAGCUGGGGCAGGGAAACCACCAGGACCCCAUCCAGGCCAACAGGUACCCCAUGCACCCCAACAGGGACCCCAUGCACCGCCCCAGAAGCAACAGCAGCAGGCUAAAGGUGCCUGCUGUCCCCUGUGUAAGACCAGCCUGAAUGUGGGCGUGACGGCCGAGUCACCCAACUACAACACCUGCACCCAGUGCCACGCCCAGGUCUGCAACCUGUGUGGAUUCAACCCUGCACCGCACCUGGAGAAUAAAGAAUGGCUCUGCCUGAACUGCCAGACCCAGAGAGCUUUGUCUGGGGCCCUGGGAGACGCUCCACUUCCUGUUCCUCAGCCAAUGGGAUCCCCACGGCAAUCAGCUCCAGCCAAUCAACAACAGCCUCAGCAGAGAGGGCCCAAUCAGCAUGCAGGGCUACGGCCGACUGGUCCUCAACAACAACAAAAACCACUGGGUGCCCAAGUAAGUGGCCCUCCUUUCUCCCCUGCCAAACAGGCAGGACCCACCUCCCAGAGCAAGGCGCCUGCCCAACCCUCCCCUACCAAGGCACAACCCUCCCCAGGUAAGAGUGCACACUCCCCUGCUAAAACAGCCCAGCCCUCCCCUGCCAAGGGUGCACCCUCCCCCAAUAAAACAGCAUCCACCCCUGCUAAGGGCACACCCUCCCCCGCCAAACAGACAGGACCCACUGCCCAGAGCAAGGGUCCUGCCCUGCCCUCUCCAGCCAAGGGCGCACUGUCCUCUACUAAAACAGCAUCCACCCCUAUCAAGUGCGCACCCUCCCCUGCCAAACAGACAGGACCCACUGCCCAGAGCAAGGGACCUGCCCAGCCCUCCUCUGUUAAAGCUGCAUCCACCCCUACCAAGGGUGCACCCUCACCUGCUAAGGGUGCACCUACCCAACCUAAACCCAACAAGCAGGCCGGUAAACAGCAGCAGGGCCAGGAUAAAACUAAAGUCGUCCACAAAACUCAAAAGGAAACACAAGCCAAAGCCUCGCCCAAGAAGGGACCACCUGAAGCCAUUACCACAUCAAAAGAUGAAAAGAAGAAAGCCGCUGAAGAUUCGCAGGAGUCAAAACACCAUGAAGAUUCCAACAAGUCCAGCACACAGAGCCUCAGUGACACGGGCUACUCCUCAGAUGGGAUCUCCGGCUCCGUGGGCGAGAUCACAGGCCAUAUCCGUGAGGAUCCUGGGUUGAAGCUGGGUGAACGAGGCCCCUCCAGCCCCUCUGAGAUCACCAAGCUAGAGAGCUCCAUGCGGCCACUGCUAGAGUCCAAGUCCAAGUCCGCUGCAGACCAGGGCGAGGAGUACAACUCGGAUGGGGUGGUGUCUGACGAUCUCAGCCCCAAGCUGCGCCACGACUAUGUGGAGGACAGCAGCGAGAGUCGUCUGUCCCCCUUACCGCCCAGGCAGAAGAAGUCCCAUAAAGAAAUUACAGAUGAGGAGUUCAUGAGGAGGCAGAUCAUGGAAAUGAGCGCUGACGAGGACGAGAUGGAGGAGGAGGAAGGGUACGGCUACCAGAAAACAAAAAACAAAAAGGAUUUGGGGAAAGAGAAACGACGCAGCCUCACCCACCAUUCCAGUAGUUUUGAGGAGGAUACCAAGGAGGCAGAUGGCGAAGACGAUGAAGGUAUGAUGGCUUCCCAAGGAGGCCUGCGGCGGUUUAAGACCAUUGAGCUGAACAACUCAGAGCAUGAUCUCAGAGAGCCAGAGCUGGAGAUGGAAAGCCUGACUGGAUCACCAGAGGAGCGGUCGAAGGGGGAGUAUUCAUCCACCCUCCCUGCCACCACUCCCAGUUACACAUCUGGCACGUCACCUACCUCCGUGUCCUCCAUGGAGGAUGACAGUGACAGCAGCCCCAGCCGCAGGCAGAGACUGGAGGAAGCCAAGCAGCAGAGGAAGGCUCGCCACCGCUCCCACGGCCCACUCCUGCCCACCAUCGAGGACUCAUCCGAGGAAGAUGAGCUGAGGGAGGAAGAGGAGCUUCUGAGAGAGCAGGAGAAGAUGAGAGAUCUGGACCUCCAGAGGAUCCGCAGCACAGCCAGGAAAACCAAGAGGGACAAAGAGGAGCUAAGGGCCCAGAGACGUAGAGAGAGAUCCAAGACUCCCCCCAGCAACCUCUCUCCCAUCGAGGAUGCAUCCCCGACAGAGGAGUUGAGACAGGCAGCAGAGAUGGAGGAGCUCCACAGAUCCUCCUGCUCAGAGUAUUCCCCUUCCAUGGACUCAGAGGCAGAGGGCUUUGAAAUGAUGGGCUCCAAGCUCUACAAGUCAGGAAGCCACCACAACCUACCCACCUUCAUGUCCCUCUACUCCCCAACUGAAAAACAUACUGCCACUUCACCGUUGGACAAGACACUGAAAAGUGCAGAGGAGGUGUAUGAAGAAAUGAUGAGGAAAGCAGAGAUGCUGCAGCAGCAGCAGGGACAGCCAGGAAGGCCAGGCCAACAACAAGGAAGUCCACAAAGGCAACCGGCUGGAGCACCUCAGCCUGGCAGCAAACAACAUCUAGGCACUGGAGCACCUCUAACCCCUGGCUCCAGCCCCACACAAAUCUCUGCACCUGUUUCCUUCUCCUCAAACGACCCAUGUGGGGCUGGAAAAGGGGUCCCCCCAGGAAUCAGUGUGACACAGCAUCUAUCAAAAGAAACCCAAGACCGGAUGAGGAUGCAGACUGCCAAAAUAGGAGGUGUUAUCCCCCCGGUGGCUGUAAGACCAGGUCCUCAGGGACCAGCACAGGGGGCGCCUCCUCCUGACUCUGGAGCGCCUUCCAUCGCAUCCUCCCUCUUCUCCUAUUUCAAAGGCCCCAGUCCUCCUGUUUCCCCUUCCCCCUCUCCCUCACAGAGCCCCACUCAUUCCCUGUCCCCACGACCUACAGGGCCUGGGGUGUCACCACAACCCACUGGGCCUGGGGGGUCCCCACAACAUUCUCAGCCUGGCGCUGGGGGCCCAACCUCCCCAGUACCGCUGCAACAACAUGGACCCCAGAUGCCUCAAAGAGCAGCAUCGCCAUGCCUUGCAAGACAACAGUCCUCCUCCAACUCACCAGUAAUGGAGAUAACGCUGGGCUCUAAGACCACCACCAGUCCUGCCAAGCCUCUGACUGUAAACUCCUCCACUUCUCCCCUGUCCUCGCCAACAAAGGCUAUCCGUCAGCCCAUGUAUCAGCAACAUAUUCCUUCAACGAGCUCUCCAACGUCCCCACAAAUGCACCCAUCGCAACAAUCCCCUCAACAUGGUUUACAGAGGCUCCAAACUGCAGAUAGGGUUAAUAUAGGUAUAAGCAUGACAAUGACAACCACAGCUACCACAUACAGUCGUGGGUCAAUGUCAAUGGAAAAUAUCUCCCUAUGUAGGCUCUCCAAUGUCCCAGGUACCUCUAGGGUCGUAGAGCAGGGCCAAAUGCAAAUGCAUCCGAGUGGACCUGCAUCUGUAGUGGACCUGAGAGCACCAAUGAAGGCUGCCCCAGUCAUCAUGACAGACCAGGGCAUGGAUCUAACAUCUCUGGCAACUGAUACAAGGAGGUAUUCGCUCGAUGCUGAACAACCACCCAACCGUCACAAAGCAGUGCAGCCACUGAAUGCAGCCAUGAACCUGAAUGCACAAGAGCAGCCACACGUUUCAGCAUCCACUCCAACAACAGUCAGCGUCACCGUGGCAGCGUCCAUGUUUAUAUCUCAGCCAAAGGGGCAUCCAGUGGUUUACGGAGAUCCCUUGCAGAACCGUAUGGAUCUGGGGCAAGGCGUUGGGUCAGCAAUGUGUCUAACACAAACUAAGCCACCCAUCACUGACCCGACCAUUCCUAAGAUUGACGCGUGUCUGGAGGAUCUGGGCAUCCAGCAGCAGCAGCUCCAGAUGCAGCAGCAGAAGCUCCUACAGCAACAACAGCUCCUCGAGCAGCAGCUCCAGCAGCACCAGCAGUCUUCCUUUGCUCGCUAUAACCUAGCGAACCAGGUCCAGCCGCUGUUGCUGAAGAAAGACCUGGUGGUUAGCCAGACGAGCAGUAGCAGUGCCCAGCCUGUGGUCAGUGUCAGUGUGAUUCCUAGAGUAUCUCCCAUGCCUCCCCAGCCAGUGUCUGUAGUUCUACCUCCCUCUAACAAUCAACAUGACUAUGGUCAGAGUGGGCUUGCCUUGGAGUUGAAGAACAAACCCACAGUUAUGAACCUGUCCACUGGAAAGCCCCAUGUCAUGAUGGUCCAACUGGAAGAUAGCAAUGCCUCUCAGGUGGCCACCGUGACUCAGCUGGUCAAAGAGCCUCCUCCCCCUCCCCAGGUCCUGGAUCUCACUGGUGGACAGAUACAGAAACCAGAGAACCAAGUGGCUUGUUGUGACGUUGUUUACAAGCUACCCUUUGCUGGUAGCUGUGCAGGGAACUUAACUCAGAAAAAUUCUACCACUGAACCUUCCCAAGUCACUCUUCCACCCCCUGCCCCACACUACAUUGUAGGCCAGCAGCAGCAGCAACAACAACAGCAGCAGCAACAACAGCAACAACAACAACCACCUGGUAAUAAUGGCUAUCAGGCAGCAAGCAUGCAAGGAGCACCAGAGGAGCAUAAACCUAUGCAGGGAGUCCCUCUAUACCCUAUACCCCCCGGAGGGAGGCUUCAACCUUCCAUGUCUGACACCAACCUGUCUAAUGCAGGUAUUCAGUACUAUCAGAGGACUGACCCUGGGGACCUGGCAGUGGAUCUGAGCACCAUUAAUCAGGCCUACGAAGGAGGAUAUCUUGGCAUGGGUGCGCAAUACGGAUCCUACACAGACUUACGUCAUCAAGGAGAUGUUGCAGGUCCUCCCUUGCCCCUACGAAGGUACGGCUCCAUGUCCAACAUCAACCAAGACUACGGCUAUGGUCAGGCAGGUUUACCGGACGCCAACCUGGCACAGUAUAGUGCCACCACUGCCAGGGAGAUCAGCCGAAUGUGUGCAGCUCUGAACUCUAUGGACCAUUUUGGUCAACGGUACAGCAACCCUGAGAUGAUGCAGUAUGGUUCUGGAAGUGGAGCAGGGCCUGCAGCCAGGCUCAACCUACAGCAAAGCUUAGCAUCAAUCCGAGCCAACCUGCUCUAUGGCCCUGACGGGAGGCCCACUGCACACGGCCAAGCCCUAACCAAUCUGAUCAAUGCCAGACAAGCAAGCAUACGGGCCUUAUAUCCGUCUGCAAUGAGAGGAGCUGACGGUAUGACAUAUUCCACCAUCAACACCCCAAUAGCCUCUACCUUGCCAAUAACCACCCAGCCCUCCUCUGUUCUGCGACCCAUGCCACGAGGAAUAUACCGACCUUACCCUGCAGGCGUGACUGCUGUACCACUGGCGAGCCUCAACAGGUUGCCUCAUAUGACCCCAAAGAUGCCUCUGUCCACACAGGGACAUUACGGGUACCCUCCUCCCAACCAGUUCCCUACAAUGGCUAGUGUUCCUGGAAGUGUACCUGCCACAAGCACCUCCACCCAAGAAGCUCCUGUCUACCUUGGGAAGCCUUCUGCAACCGUCUCUGUACACACGGCUGCAACCUUAACACCAGCCCAGCCAAUUGCUCAUAUGGGUGGACAAACUACUGCAAUGCCAAUUCAGUCUGUAGUAGUCCCUGCAAACCAACAGACCCCCCAAACUCAAAUCCAAGGGCAGAAUGUUACGACACACCCCCAUACUCAAACUCAUAUGCAAAUCCAAAUGCAGCAACAAAUACAGUCCCAAAUACAGCAACAAAUACAGUCCCAAAUACAGCAACAAAUGCAAACUCAAAUGCAACAACAAAUAGCAACUCAAACUCAAACUUCAUUUCUGACUCAAACCCAGUCCCAGCCUAUAACUCAGCCUGAUCCACAGGCUCUAGUGCAGCCCCAGCCCCAGACCACUCACCAGAUGGCUUCUACUGCAGCACCAAGCACCACCAUCGCCACUUCGGUCGACCCAGAGCUAGAAAAGGUAGAGGAGCGUUUGAGACAGCAGCAGGAGCAGAUGCUGCAGAUGGAGCGAGAGCGCGUAGAGCUGGAGAAACUUCGGCAGAUGCGCCUGCAUGAGGAACUGGAGAGAGACCGCAUGGAGCUCCAGAGGCACAGGGAGAAAGAACAAAUGCUGGUGCAACGUGAGAUUCAGGAGCUGCAGACUAUCAAACAGCAAGUACUGCAUCAGCAGCAAUCAGAGAGGGAGACCCAGCUGGUCAUGCAGAGGGAACAGCUAGCUCAGCAGAGGAUGCAACUGGACCAGAUCCAGUCGCUGCAGCAGCAGCUGCAGCAGCAGUUGGAGGAGCAGAAGAGGCAGAAGACUGCAGUAGUGGAGGCAGCGGCUGCGGCCGCAGCAGCCGAGGCAGCCGCUGCAUCAGCAGCAUCUGCUGCAGCCACUUCCACUCAAGGUGCCAUACAAGGGGUAGUAGUCGGAGGAGGAACCCCUCAAGGUGCCAUACAAGGGGUAGUAGUCGGAGGAGGAACCCCUCAAGGUUUCAUCAUCUGUGACCAGAGUGGUAGGGUGAUUCAACAGGACGGCCAAAGUGUGCAGUUCUGGCAACCCCACAUGGAAGGGCAGGUGGUCCAAGCAGUGGUGACCCCAAGGCCCAUACCAAACUCUGCCUCUGAGAUGUCCUUGAGAAACAGUGAGAAUCAGUUGGAGUCCAGGGUCAUGAAGAAGCAGAACUCUAUGCCUCGUCUUAGGGAUGGAUCGGAGGAGGAGCUGGUGAGGAGGAUUGCAGAUAGCUGUGUGCAGACGGACGAUGAAGAGGUUGAGGACAGGUACAUGAACCGCAGGGGCAGGAGAACCAGGCGGAUCGCCGACUGCAGCGUCCAGACAGACGACGAAGAUCAGGCAGAGUGGGAGCAACCGGUUAGGCGCAGGAGAUCGCGCUUAUCCAAGCAUUCAGACUCCAGCACCGAGGUCAAAUCCAAUGGAACCACCAAAGUGUCCUCCUCCAGCAUAGCCAUUCAGACCACCAACGACUCCUCAUGCCAGACUGAGGCAGACCAGUUGGGCAGGGUCUCACCUGCAAUCCACAUCACUGCGGCUGAGACAAACAAGGUGGAGCUGCUUCACUACAUCUCUGCCCCAGAGAGGACCCAUAAGGGUGAGAGCUUGGCCUGUCAGACAGAACCAGAGGCCCAGUCUCAGGGGGUGGUGGCCCCUCAGCUCAGCGUCCCCACUACCAUCAGCCCAUAUUCCACCACUAUGCAGAUGGUGGGCUCCACCCCACCUCCUCCCCAAGGGGUGGCCAAGUUCGAAAGGAGGAAACCCGACCCUCUGGAUAUCGGUUACCAAGGCCAGCAGCAGAACGAGUCCCCGUCUCGCCAGCCUCCCAAGUCUCCCCAGGUGCUGUACUCCCCUGUGUCCCCGCUGUCGCCCCAUCGGAUGCUGGAAACCACGUUCGCCUCCCAGGAGAAGCUCAACAAGGCACAUGUCACACCCCAGCAGAAAGCCUUCACUGCAGAGUCUGCUCAGCGUCACCAGAGCCUCCCCAGACCCAUCAAGAGUGUGCAGCGCUCCAUGUCGGACCCCAAACCCCUCAGCCCCACCUCAGAAGACCCUGCCAAGAACAGGUUCUCCCCUUACCAUCAGCAGGCCCUCUCCAACAGUCAGAUGGCCACCCUGCAGCAGCAGCAGAACUCUCUGAUGAGAAAGGUAAAAAGGACCCUGCCCAGCCCGCCUCCAGAGGAGAGCCCUCUCCCUAUCGUCACCCCAGCCAUGUCCCACAUGUACAGCAGCUCUCCAGGGAUGCAGCCCGAGAGGGUGCUGCCCAGGCCUGCCCAGGGGGUCACCAAGGCCGGCCUGCUGAGUGAGCUGAAGGCCGUGGAGCAAGAGUCCACCAAGCUCCGCAAGCAGCAGCAGGAGCUGGAGGAGGAGGAGAAGGAGAUUGACGCCAAGCUGCGGUACCUGGAACUGGGCAUCCAUCAGCGCAAGGAGACCUUGGUGAAGGAGAGGGAGAGGAGGGAGCUGGCCUAUAUGCGCUGCAUGGGCGACCCCCGCGACUACAUGUCAGACACUGAGCUCAAUAACCUGAGGAUGGUGGCAGCCACGGGAACGUUCGACGGUAAUGGGCUGCUGACGAGGCCCAGCACGGCGGCACUGAGCCAGUUCACCAACGACCUUGGCCAGGCCUCCCAGUACCCGCCCACCUCCUCCUACAUGGCCUAUCAGUACCCACAGAGCCAGCACACGCCCACACAGCAGCCAACCGCUGCUUACCAACAGAUCGGUUUCCAGCCCCCUCAGUAUCCAAUAGCCGGCCAGCCCCAGCCAGGCACCUUCCAGCCCCACCCACCCCAAGGCCCAGGCUACCAGCCCCAGCCAGGCUACCCAGCCCACGGGGGCUACGGCCAGCCUUCCUACCAGACAGACCUGGGCGUGCAACAGCAUGGCCACCAGGGUUUCCAGCCUCCCAACCCCUCUAUCCUGGGCCAGAAUCUCCCCUACCCAGGCCAGAGCCCCUAUCCCGGCCAGGGCAUGUCCUUCCAGCCCCAGGCUGAGAUCCUCACGGUCCACCAGAGGCCUCAUCAGACCUCCCUGGCCGACCUGGAACAGAAGCUGCCCACCAACUACGAGGUGAUCAGUAACCCUGCCGUGUCGGUGGCCACAUCAUCUCCAGACACCGGCUUUGGCUCAGUCUAUGCCUCCAACACCAUGCCCAAUGCCUAUGGGCAGUACCGCCCCCCGGAGCCAGGCCUGACCCACGGUGUGGACAGCCCCACAUCGGCCUACGCUGCAGACGGCCUCUACACCGCAAACCUGGAGCAGAACAUCCCCAGGAACUACGUCAUGAUCGACGACAUCAGCGAGCUGACCAAAGAGAACACAGGCUCAGCUGUUGACGCUCUGGGACAUCCUGUUGCAGGACGCUACGGUGAGAACGGCCCAGCGCGCCAAACUGGCUACAGCAAUGAGCCUGUGGACCCGUACAUGUCUGUAGGCACCACGGGCUACCACCAGCAGGGCGCUGUGGACCCCCGGACCAGCACCACUGUAGGUGGUGGGGGAUCUUCUUAUUACUAUGACGACUAUAAUAAACACCCCAGCACAACACGCCCAGGGGGCCCGGGGACCCAGAAACACCCAUCCAAGAGCCUGGCUCCCGCCGUUGUCUCCUCCAGUAAGCGCAGCAAGCACAGAAAGCAAGGCAUGGAGCAGAAGAUCUCCAAGUUCUCCCCCAUCGAGGAGGCACGGGACGUAGAGUCCGACCUGGCCUCUUACACCAUGACCACCUCCACCGGCGGCAGCUGCACUGUGGUGUCUCGGUCCGGGGUGAAGAAGAGCGGCUACGACCAGCAGAAGUACUAUGGUGGCCACCCGGGAAGCCGGGAAGCCCUGGAAGAGGAGGACCGGAUGUACGGCUCGGGGAGGUCCCGGUCUACGGGCUACGGCAUGGACAAGAUCUCCUCCAGGGACUCCUCCAGGAGCAAGUCCUACGAGAGGGACGCCAUGGAGCGGUCUCAGAGAGGCGGCGGCGGACGGCCCGGACUGCGCACCUAUAACUCAGAGGAGGAGAGCCCCCUCAGCUCCGUGGGGAAGCCUGUGGGGGUCGGACGAGGUGGCACCGGAGUACCAGGGGACCCCCAUGACGUGAGGAGCCAGUACGGCUCCAGCCACUCCCUGCCAGAUGUCCAGGACCACCACAUGAAGGACCUGCCCAGGAGCCACGUGUACAAGCCAGAUGACCCGUAUCUCGUAGACGACCAGCAUGCUGCUGUGUCGGACAGUGAAGCCUAUCAUCUGGGUCAGGAGGAGACAGACUGGUUUGAGAAGCCGAGGGAGGCUCGCUCCAACCGCUCCAGACACCAUGGGAGCGCAGGCCACAUCUCCACUGGUAGACAACAGACCGGCGCCAACGUGAAGCACACCUACCAUGACUAUGAUGAGCCUCCCGAAGAGCAGGACCUGUGGCCUCAGGACGAGUACAACAACCAACCUCGCCACCCCUCGUCCACCUCAUCAUCCCGCGACCACCGUGGUCACCAUGGUAGCAGCGGCGGCAGCUCGGGGAGGCACUCCUCUUCCCGCCACUCCGGUGAGGAGCCUCGGUCGUCCAGCCGCUCCUCCAGAACACACCCCAAAGACCCAUCCGCCCGCUCUGAGGGCCGUGGAUCCUCCUCCACCCAGAAGAGGGGAGGCUCGGACCCACGCUCCUCCCGGGAUGGCUACCGGGACCGGGACUCUGGAGACUACUCCUCUCAUGACCCGGCCUCCGGCCACCACCGCGAGGGCACCGGUGGCAGGGGUCAGAGGCCGCCAGGCUCGUCCUCCAGGAGACAGGAAGGGGUUCCUUCUGCAGGGGCCAAGCAGGGCCAGGGGCAGCAGCCCCAGGGGGGUCCAGGUGGGCAGCAGCAACAGGGGCAGCGGUCCAGUGGGCUGCCCCAGUCAGGCAGACAGCCUGGGUCCCAGGAGCCAGACGGGGGCCAACCGUCCCAGCAGCCUGGCCAGCAGCAGCAACGAACCCAGCAGCAGCAGCAGCCCCCGCAGCAGAGCCAACCUGCUCAGACCACCACUGGGGGCCCUCAGGCCACUCCAGGCACUGCGGGGCCAGGACCCGUGGCAGGACCAAUGGCAGGACCAGGGACGGCACAACAGCAGGCUAAACCUGGCCAGACUCCGGCACAAGGCCGGCAGCCAGCCGGACCCACUGCAGGCCAGCCAACAACCACAGCCGUGACUUCUGCAGCAGCUAUUGGGGGGGUGAAACCUGCAGCAGCGAUAGGGGGGGUGAAACCUGCAGCAGCGAUAGGGGGGGCAGCAGCAGCACAGCCACCCAAGACAGCUACACCCCCCCUCAUAGGCAUCGGCUCUAAAGCAACGCUGCCUGGAGGGAUAGGUAGCAGGCCUGGUGGGAUCGGCAGUGCAGCGGCAGGCCAGCCCCCAGCGGAGGGGGUCAACGUUCUCACCAAUAUCCUGGGAGGGGCGGGAGGGGCAGCCGAACAGGCGGGGAAACUGGGAGAUGCUAUUUCUGGCCUCGGCAAGAAGUUCACUUCAUUUUGGUGAACGUAAGAGAGGAGGGGUAUGAGGACUUGCGAUUAGGGGGGUUGGAGGCUUGGUACUGGAAAAACCUAUGAAACUGUUGUCGGCAUUUUUUACAUUUCACUAUCACAACAAAACGGAGAAGAGGGAGGAGGAUGAGGGAGGAGGGUACCUGAGAGCAUCAGGUUGGAAUCAAAUGAUGCCUGGUCAGCACUGAACUCCCCAGACAUGCGCACACAACAUGAGCAGAAUUAGGGUUAGAAUGGUGGAUGAUUGGUCAACACUGGCUGGGAUCCCCAGACAUGAGCAGAGGAAAGAAGAGAGGACGAAGUGGAUGGAUGUCAUGUCAGAGCGGGAGUCCCAAGCAUGAGCAGACGAUUAAAGAGGGACUUCUGCUGCUGCUUCUGCUCCCUAUGCACCAGCAGAAUGCCAACGAGAACCUACCUCACAGCUCCUGUAGGAGAGUGAAUGAGACAGUGCGAAGAGAGAGAGAAUAUACAAUCCUGUCUGUCUCACCUCCCUGUUUGUCUGUCUGCUUACUGAGAGAAAUAACACCUGAUUCAGGAACAGAACAGGGAGCUGUCACACACCGUAGGUUUGGCUUCCGCAUCGCUCAGCUCAGAGGGACAACAACGGAGGAUGCUGCUUCUUCACAUGAAUCUCUGUCAUCUUGGAGAGCACACCGAGAUUCAAUAGAGUUCUCCCAUCACUUGCUGAAGUUCUGUGGUUCUAAGACAAGGCCAGAUGGAAGCCAUUGUAGAUGGAAAUGACACAUCUGGUCUAAAGUAGUGCACUAUAUAGGGAAUAGGGUGCCAUUUGGGAUGCAGACUCGGUCUGAGGAGUCCACAUCUGACCAGAAUCAUUCAUGACUCCACAUUUUGUGCUCAGAGGGCCUUAUAACAGUAUCACCAUUAUAACACAGUGGAGGAGGGAGAUAGAUACACAGCUCAUAGGUUUUACUAGUACCAAAGAGACAUCUAUGACACUCUAACUACUACACUGGAGAAGGCAAGACAGUACCAAUGGCGACAGACAAACAAACAGACAAACAAACAAACAAACAAUGCCCUGGUUAUUAACCCCUUGAAUGCUUGGUUUCUAUGAUCUCUACAUUCCAGGGAACGAUGACCCUUUCUUUGAAUGUGGUUUUAUUUCUCCUCCACCUGUUGUGAUGAUAUGACGUCUACAGAAUGCAACAUGUAUGUGUGAACAUUGGAAUGCAAACACAAUAAUAAUAAUAAUUGAAAAAAGAAACCCAUAUCUUCUUAACACUUUUUCACCACCAUGUCCAGAAGAGGAGGAGUUACCAGUGUGCCCACCAAUAGAGUGUGAGAUCCACACAGGAGAGAGGACCAGAUGGAACGCAAGCAAGCGUGACCACGGCUGUCUUUUAGCCAUCGCAAAGCCAUCACUUGUCAAUCCCAGAGCACUUUGGGACUAUUUAUUUGUACUUUUUUAUCUAUUACAAAAAAUAAGUAUUUUCAUCUUGUUUAAUUUUUUGUCAUUUUUGCCUGAUAUUUUUCUGAAAAGAAGAGCCUUAUUCGGUACAUAUUUCUACUUGUAUACCUCAUAUGUUUUGAAAUGUCCAUAUCAUACCUUUCUUCAUUUAUUUUUGCACCACUGUAUACUAUUGUAUGUAUAUACAUCUAUCUAGAACACUGAUAAUGUUAAUGAUUCAUUUGUGUAUUUAUUCAUUUAUAUUCAUGUGACUUCUGUUUUUAUGUUUUUGUUUGGUAAGUCUAUUUAUAUUUUAUGGUCUAUUGUUUUCUUAUUUAUUUUCUUGCAUUUUAAUAAUUUGCUGGUUGAUUUUUAAAAGCAAUAGCAUGCAGAAAACAAUAUACAGCACAAUGGUAUUAAUGUUGUUUAUAUUCAUGGAUGGGAAUAUCUGAAAGCUGUUGAUAAACAUCAGUAAGAAUGUCUGAGAGAGUUGCAAACCACACAUACACACCUAAAUCUCUACGUUUACACUUACUCACACUCACACACAGAGACAUACAGAGACAUACAUGCAAUCAAGCAAACAUACACACACACACACACACACGCAGGAGUGGUUGGAAGCUAUCAUCAUUUCAAAUGUUCUAUGCAAUGAUUCAUUUUGAAACUGGAAAAGACAAAAAAACAAAGUUUAAUACCAUAAUGACCAAUGUUACUCACAAGAAUCCAACAACAUUGUGAACUGAAAGACGUCAAAAACAGUUAUGAACAUAUUUAUACUUAGCUAAUUGUAUGUAUGGAUCUGAAUAUUUAACUAUUGAAUCUAUACUUUUAUUUUUGUGGCAUGUUUUAUAGUACCCCAUCACUCCCCAUAUGGGGGGACUUGUUGCCAAAGGGUUAACUGUGUAGAUUGUCAGUCAUGAAUGUCCACCAUCUUGUUGCUUGAAGCAUGGUUUGCUUGGCUUUGUCCGGCUGUUUGUAUGCUCUCAUUCAGUCUUGGUGUGUGUGGCUUGACCAGGGCCCCACUGUGCCGUGGCGUGUUCGGCUGUCCAGUCCGUGCUGCUAUACAAACCUGUAAUGCGGUUGGUCAGAAAUUCUCCUUGUAAAAUGUCAGUCAGUGUGCAUACAAAAAACAACAUAUCAAGGUAUCAUUAGUAGUUGGAUGAACAAAUGGGGGAAAUCCUAACCUCCACUUAGUCAUGCGGUGCAUUUUAAAGUGAAAAUCUGACUUAAAUUGAAGUUAGAAUUUGCCCUUAAAUGAAUGGUCUAUAACUAGAACUCAUCUAGAACUUUAUAACUCAAUCAGCGGACCACUGAACCUUCCACAUCCAAGGCUAAUCUAGAGGGAAUCUAGAGAGUACUACAGUACUGUCAAUCAGGUCAGAGAGACUCAACAUGCUGCUGACCCCAAGUCAAUCAUUCAUCAAAUCAGGGCAUGUUAUAAUGAAAGCACAAGCCUGACUGGUAUGUAAAGACAGAAAUAUGACACACCAAUAGGACAUGUGUUAUUGAUUUCAAGGAGAGGUAAAACAAAUCUGUUAUCUCACAGUAAUAAUAUAAAUGAGAGUGUGUAGGUUGAAUCCACAGAGGGACCUUGGUAUAGAUAGCUGCAUGCUCACCAUCUUUAUGGAGACGUUGUGGUCGAUAAGAGAAGAGGUGCAUGAGACCAGACAGCUUUCACUGACUGUAGCCGUCCAAAUGGACAGACAGACAGACAGAUUGACAGACAGACACUCUCACUGUAAAUACAGAUGGAUUCUUCUGUACAGCGUUUGAAUUCAUAGUUCGGACGUCUUGUGCAUCCCCACGCCGUACUUGCUGCCAACUUUUGUGCUUUUGUGUAUAAAAUAAUAUUUAUUAUGAUUAAAUAUCAUGAUUAUGAAUAUAAUGAUGAAAUAAGCAUAGUGUAUUUGGCUGGCUCGUAUUGACUGUUGGCAACAGUGGAAUAAACUUGUAUUCAGAAACAUAUUUGGUCUGUGUAGAGUUUCUAUACAUAUUGUGUUUGUAAAACAAGGAGAAAUACCUCCAUGGUAAAAGUUUAUCCAGGCAUUCUAUUGUCAUUCUAUCGGGAGGUUUCAAAGUUGAUGAGACAUGAUCCGUUAUAAAAAAAUAGAUUUAAAUAAGAGGAAAAAGCUAAUUGAAAAUGCAACAAAAAAUCCAGAAAAAGUCUAACUCAAGUCAUUCACUGUUAUAAGUGCAAUGGGCGAAGCGUCAGUCGUGUAUCCAUUGUGAAACUUUGUGUUCUAUUCAGUGUAUUCCUGUAAACAGAUAGAGUAACAUUUUGAUGCAUCAUGUCAUGUGAUGUGAUUAAUGAAAAUAAUGACCCUGCAAUUUGUUUCCAAUCAGGAAAAAGAAUAAAGAGAAAAUCAAAAAUCUC